UGCCCCAACUGGGGCCAGGAUGGAACCUGCAACCCAGGCAUGUGCCCUUGACAGGUAAUCGAACCCGUGACCCUUCGUUUCGUGGGCGACUCUAACCACAGAGAAACACCAGCCAGGGCGAGGGCCCACAUUUUAAGUCCUUGGGAAUCCCGAUGUCCUUUUGGUUCCUGCUGGUUGGUGUAAUGCUCUGUUGGCAACAAUGUCCAAAAUCUGGAUCGAAGGCCUUCUGUGAUGAUGGCCUUGGUUCCUCUUGGAUUAUGUCAGGGGUCAGGACCACUUCUCUGUUUGGUAUCGCAGCCUCCUGGCUCACCAGCUUGUCAUGAGCAAGCCCACCAAGUGAUGUCUGAGAACUGAAAACCAACCACCAAAAGACCCAUACAACAAAAACACCAUGGCUGGCCUCUCAACAACUACCAGGAACUUUGUCCAACUUAAUUCUGCUGUGCCCUGGCUCAGCUAGCACUGGUCUCAGGACCUCCCACUGGACAUGGGUUGGGCCGCUACCAGCCCUUUUAAACUCAAAUCCCUCAGCUUUGGCUGCUGCCCUGUGAAAAGGGAUAGGGGUCAGUAAAGUCCAGAGGGGGGAGGGGCUCUGCCUCAGGUCACAUAGGAAUUGGGCCUUGAGCCUCCCUCCAUCCACAACACGGUGGUCCUUGCAGACCUGUGGCCUGCCCCUCAUUGUGGUCAGAAAGACACCCACCUCCCACUCUGGUCUGGGCUUGGCUCUAUCCCAGGCCUGAACAUUGCAGUGUCGGGAGCAGCACAAUGGGUGCAUGGGGCUGCCAAUGACAGCACUGCUCUGUCCCUCCUGGCCCUGCCAUUCGGCACAGUCAGGGUUACAGCUGGGGCCCCUCCCAGUCUCCAGAGCCACUGUCCCUUAGCAACAAUCCUACCGGGCAGAACGCACUGCCAACACAGGACAAACCAGGCAGGAGCCAGUGGAGUGGCCAUCUGAGGACUCCAGGACAGACAAGGCCAGGUGAGUGAGUAGGGGGCACCCAGCUUGUAGCCUGGCCAGCCGAGCAGGAAACCCACUUAACCUCUAUCUCAUCCAGCUGCCCAGAGAGCCUGAACCUAGCAUGGAUACAGUGGACGCCACUGUGGAGAGGCUCCGGGAACAGUGCCUGUCCCGAGGGGCCUCUGGCAUCCAGGGCCUAGCCAGGUUUUUCCGCCGCCUGGACCAGGACAGGAGCCGAUCCCUGGAUGCGAGGGAGCUUCAGCAGGGCUUGGCUGAGCUGGGGCUGGCGCUGGACAUGGCUGAGGCAGAGGGUGUGUGCAGGCGAUGGGACCGUGACGGCAGUGGGACGCUGGACCUGGAGGAGUUCCUGAGGGCACUCCGGCCCCCCAUGUCCCAGGCCCGGCAGGCGGUCAUUGCAGCUGCAUUCUCCAAGCUGGACCGCAGUGGGGAUGGUGUGGUGACCGUGGAUGACCUUCGGGGGGUGUAUAGCUGCCACACCCACCCCAAGGUGCAGAGUGGGGAGUGGACUGAGGAGGAGGUGCUCCGCCGCUUCCUGGACAACUUUGAUUCCUCUGAGAAGGAUGGGCAGGUAGGUGCCUAUGGGGUCUCCCUAGCUCCUCCUGCCCUAGAUUUCCAUUCCUACUUAGAACCUGUCUGCCCCCAGGUCACCCUGGCUGAAUUCCAGGACUAUUACAGUGGUGUGAGCGCUUCCAUGGACACGGAUGAGGAGUUUGUGGCCAUGAUGACCAGCGCCUGGCGACUGUGAGCAGCAUGCACUCAGCUGGCACCACUGUAGCAUAGGACUCCACCAUGGCCCCCCCCCCCCCACCCAGUUUCCAGCUGGGCAGCCCCAGGGGUGGGGGCUGGAGGGGAGCAGGAUUGAGGCUGCAGAACUGGUUGGACCAGGUUUGAGCCAACCCCCCCGCCCUCCGCGCCCGAAUUAGGCCAAGGUAGAUGCCCACCCCCACCCGUCACCCUGUUCUGCUCAGUUAAUUCUUGACUCUGUUAGAAUUCCCAUCCUGUCUCUCCUUCAUGGUUCCUGGGAAGCCAGGAGGCCCCUGGAUGUGAUAUGGGUAUGGGGAGGGAAGCAAAUGGCUCUUCUAUGAAGCUAGGCUCUGCACUGAAGUGGCAGGUGUUGGAAGGCAUGGAGUGUGGGGAAGGGGCCCAGGGCAGCAGGCAGGCCAGGCUGCUGGAGGAGCCUUACCUUGGGAGGCAGAGGUCACUCCUGGCCAGGCCCUCGGGCUUCCUGAGGCCCCUGGGGCACACAGGAGGCCAGGGGUUUAGUUAAAAGUUUUAAUGUAGUUCCCAAAUACAUUUCAUAUGACAAUCUUACAUAAAUGUUCCAAAACACA